UUUACGGAACAUUUUUUAUGCGGACUGUUGACGUCCGCAAAACACCUGACGCUGUUUUGAAAUUUCUGAAACUCGUCACUCACACUGGAGUUGAAUGACUUCCUAAGUAAACUGUUUAGUGAUUAGAUAUUCCUCUUCUUAAAUGAAUUUCGGAGGUACUAUUCGACCCAAUAAUAAAGCUGUCGCCAUCUUCUUGGUAAGUGUGGCGACGCUUUAUUUGAUUUAUACUUGGAGAAAUAGUGCAGCAUUGGCAAAAGAAUCGGCUUUUGGGAGUGAAAAAGUUAGCAUUGGGGAGAUAUUAUGUGCUGCAAUUGCAGCAGCUGAGGCAGGUGGCAGAGAGGUGAAAGCUGUUCGAGAGAAAGGAACCGAGCUCAAUGAGAAGAGUAAAGGCAAAACAAAAGAAGGUGUCAAGGAUGUCUUGACCGAUGGAGAUAUGAGAUCACAUCAAGUCAUGUACAGUACACUAACCUCUUAUUUCCCUCACAUAAAAGUAAUUUCUGAAGAACAUGAUGAGAAUAACAUCUCCAUGGAACCAGUCAACUUCAACAAGAAAUGCCCUGCUCUCGAGCAAAUAUCAAAAUUAGAAUGGGCACCAAAUGAUUCCAUUACAAUUUGGAUUGAUCCACUGGAUGCAACCAAAGAAUACACAGAAAACUUGCUGGAGUAUGUGACCACCAUGGUAUGUAUUGCAGUAAAAGGUGAACCAGUUGUUGGAGUUAUCCACAAGCCUUUUGAAAAGAAGACUUACUGGGCUUGGGUUGGUCAGGGAAUGGCCGAAGAAUUGCUCGAAAUCAAUAAAGCGCCCGAGGCCGACAACGAAUCCUUUAUAAUUUCGCUGUCACACACCGGAGACGCUGUUGAAAACCGUAUCAAAUCAAAGUUUCCUAACGCCAAAGUGGAGAAAGCUGGGGGUGCAGGUUACAAGUCGUUGCAGAUUGCCAGUCGACACAAUGCAGCGUAUGUACACAUGACACACAUUAAAAAGUGGGAUGUAUGUGCGGGGCACGCAAUUCUAAAAGCCUUGGGAGGUCGUGUCACCACCAUGAAAAAUGAACCCAUCAAAUAUGGUAGUGGUGCAAAUGAUGAAGUCCUUAUUAAGGAUGGUCUGCUUGCCAGUUUACACAAUGGUGAUUUUUAUUCAAAAUUAUUUAAAGAAUAAAUAAUCAGUAUAGGUUGCAAAUAUUCUGUGACUUUGUUUCUUUAUUUGACCAAUCAAACAUUGAUACUCAAUACAAUGAGCUUCUGCUGAA